GAGAUCCUUAAGUGGAAUGGAUGGGGAUACAAUGACUCCAAGUUUACAUUUAACAAGAAAGGGCAAGGUGAAUUUACAGGCAAAAGGUAUCGACUUAGUGGUAUGGUGCUGCCAGCUUUGAAAGAAUGGAUGGAGAAAUUUUUUGGAGCUAGUUUGGAGCACAGGACUACCCCAAGGACCACACCAAACUUGGAAGAUCUCCCAGUGCCCAUUCUAAAUGAAGACUGUUUGAAGGAAAUAAAAGACUUGGGUAUUCCAUUUUCACACGAUCCAGAGGACAGGUUAAUGAGGUCCCAUGGCCAUUGCUUACAUGAGAUUUUUGCUUUACGUGAAGGCAAAGUUGAACGAAUUCCAGAUGUUGUAAUCUGGCCAAACUGUCAUUCUGAUGUGGUUAAGAUUGUACAACUGGCUUCCAAACACAAUAUUUGCAUCAUUCCGUUUGGUGGAGGGACAAGUGUUUCCGAUGCUUUGGAGUGUCCCACAGAUGAAAAACGAACCAUACUUUCUUUGGAUACUUCACAGAUGAAUCGAAUAUUGUGGAUUGAUGAAAAGAACUUGACAGCUCAUGUGGAGUCUGGCAUUACUGGGCAAGAUCUUGAAAGGCAGCUUAGUGAACAUGGCUACUGUACAGGACAUGAACCAGAUUCAAUGGAGUUCAGCAGCCUUGGAGGCUGGGUUGCUACAAGGGCUUCAGGCAUGAAGAAAAAUAUCUACGGUAACAUUGAAGAUCUGGUGGUGUACAUAAAAAUGGUUACGCCAAGAGGCAUAGUAGAAAAAAGUUGUCAAGGUCCAAGAAUGUCCACAGGCCCUGACAUUUACCACUUCAUUAUGGGAUCUGAAGGAACACUUGGUGUAGUCACGGAGGUCACAAUAAAGAUCAGGUCCUUGCCCGAAUAUCAGAAAUAUGGCUCAAUAGUGUUUCCGGACUUUGAGCGUGGUGUAGCCUGUUUACGAGAGGUAGCACGGCAGAGAUGUGCUCCUGCAUCAAUCCGUCUAAUGGAUAACGCACAGUUCCAAUUUGGACAUGCACUAAAACCACAAGUGGCCUCAAUUUUUACUUCAUUUUUGGAUGGACUGAAGAAAUUUUACAUUACUAAGUUCAAGGGAUUUGAUCCCAAUGAGUUAUGCGUAGCUACCCUACUUUUUGAAGGUAGCAGAGAAAAGGUUCUUCAACAGGAAAAGCAUGUUUAUGAUAUUGCUGCUAAAGUUGGAGGCCUGGCUGCUGGAGAAGAUAAUGGACAACGGGGCUACAUGCUGACAUUUGUUAUUGCUUAUAUUCGGGACUUGGGUAUGGACUAUUACAUCAUCGGAGAAUCAUUUGAAACAUCUGUUCCUUGGGACCGGGUGAUUGAUCUCUGCAGGAAUGUGAAGGAGAAACUAGUGAGAGAAUGUAAAGAAAGAGGUGUUCAAUUUCCUCCCCUUGCUACAUGCAGAGUAACACAAACUUAUGAUGCUGGUGCCUGUGUCUAUUUCUACUUUGCUUUUAAUUACAGGGGUAUAAGUGACCCAAUUUCUGUGUUUGAGCAAAUUGAGGCUUCAGCCAGAGAAGAGAUACUUGAAAAUGGAGGAAGUCUUUCUCACCAUCAUGGAGUUGGUAAGUUACGAAAACGAUGGCUGAAGGACAGUAUCUCUGAUGUCGGUAUUGGGAUGCUGAAAUCUGUUAAGCAAUAUGUGGAUCCCAACAAUAUCUUUGGAAAUAGAAAUCUUCUGUAAAUUGGAUGUGCUCAGCAGCUAAAGUUGGAAUUCUUCAAAAGGAAACAAACCCCACCAUCAAAGAUGAAAUCUCCAAACUAACAAAAAAUUAACAAUCUUUACAUUGUAAACAAAAUAUUUGCAGUAAAAUUUAUCAGCUAAUAAUUUCUUCAAUAUGGGACACAGCAUGUGUUUGCAGAAAAGCUGUGAAACUUGUAUUACGGGCAGUUCCCUAUUACGGUAAAGCUGAGAAUGUUUGAUAAGUGUAUUCAAGCAGCAAGCAGGAUAUCCAGUUGUUGGUUUAAAAAAAAGCGCUUGUAAGUCACUUAAAUAAUUAUCUGGUAACUUUUUAAAGACAUGGACAGUCAGCACUGAUUGUAAUUGCUGCCUAUUUAUGUCCUUCAAAAACUUUUGCACCAAUCACAUAGCCAUACCUGCUUGUUACUGGUAACUUUUUUUUUGCAUGUUAAUUCAGUACUAUAAGCAAAUGUUACUCACUGUUGAACUUUGUACACUGUUCUCUCUUUCCAUGACAUUUCUGUAAGCUUCUUCCUAAAGGGAAAAAUAUCAUUGUACAGAAUAUAUACUAUAUUGCAACUCCUUUAUGAAUUAUGGAUUUUUGAUUAAAUUCAAAUGUUGCAAUUGUUAACUUCCAGGAAGGAGGAAUAUUCUUGAUAGUGUCCUGGGGACUAAAGAAUGACAUUCAAAUUUGCAAAAUAGGGAUACAUGGAUAAUGUUACUUGCAUCAUCCAUACUAAUUAAAGUAUUUUUUUGAAUUCUUUCAAUACUGGAUACUUUUUCAGUUGUCUUUGUAUGAGUGUGUUCUAUUCCAAGUUAUGCUGAGCAUUAAAACAGUUUUCUGUAAAUUAAAAUCUGAAAUCACAGCCACAAGACAGAGUAUUUUUUACUUGCAUGGAGUACUGGAAAUGGUUACAUUUAAUGUAUAACAUUAACGCAGUGUGAUUACUCAUUUUGCGAUUCAAGGCAUCUAUAUUUUGCUUGAAUGAAAAUCAAGAUUGUUGUGUGAUAACAUUUAAUUUAGUAGUGUGCCGUUAUCUAGAUUACAUUUGAAAAUUGUUUACAGUUCCAGAAGGUGUUUCCAUUUUACUAAGCGCCUACUGUUAAUCUGAGUUUCUGGCAUUUCACUUGUGAAAGAACUAGCACAACUUGGCUAUUGGUGGACCAAUGGCUACGUAAUCAAUACUCUUAGCUCCCUCAAGUGGUUAUGCGUAUGGUGUGCCUUUUACUGGUGGUGCUGCGUGGUGUAAAGUUGAAUGUGAAGUUUGCUCUCUCCCCUCUUCAUCUGACUCCAGCAGAGAUGCCUAUUUUUCAGGCAUACUUUUUUAGAACAAAAUAUUUUGUGAGCAAUUCAAACGUCCAGUUUACAUAUCCAUAAUUAGCAAUACCAUUUGUAACUUAAAGUUUAUUAUUAAUGUGCUUGUACCCAGAGAUGAGACAGGAACACAUUCAAAUUGCCAGUCUAGGUCUUUGUGAGUGAGACAAUGAGAUGAGCAUGAGUAUUCUGCCAGUUGCUGGGAGAAUCAGGUGAAAGAGCAAACUGGAGGUAAAAAAUUGGAAAGGGUUAAUUCUUUUCUUCUUUUUAGCUAUCUAAAGCCUAGGAACUAACUGUACACACAACAUUUUAGCUGCAGUUAAGAGGCGAUAGACGAAAGAGGAUGCUAGAUUACAAAUAAAAGGUAUAUUUGGACAAUAUCAGUUCUAAAGAUUUGGCCAAGUUUUUUUUAUUUGAAGUAAAGUUAAGUUUAGAAAGACAUUUUGUAUCUUCCACCAAUUUGCCAAGUUUAAUUUUUCUGGAGGUAAUUUCUAAAAUCACUGUGCCAGAAACCCAUUGAUUUCUAACUCAUUUGUAAACAUUCUGAAGCUGAACAUUAUUCUGUCAUCCUACUUUAUGAAGUUUUCGUAUUCUCAACAAACUUGAGAACUUUCCUUUCCUGAAAUCUGUUGGCUCCUUCAUUGUAUUGGUAAGGUACUUGUGUGAUUUCAUUUGGAUUUUAUUUUAAAUAAACUUGUAAGGAAUUGUUCAUCA